GUAAAAAAGGAUGUUGAAAUCUGUACAUCGCUGCUCUCGAAUAGCACGGUCUAGCUAUCAAACAAUGCACGCCAUCACUACCAUCAGGCAUUAGCUCACAGCAUAAAUGUAUCUUUGCCCCCAUUUCGCUUUUCCUACAUACCUGCACAGGAAACAAUGCUAUUCUUCAACAAUUUCUGUUUUUCAAUGUGGGCAAUCACUGCUCUGGCCACCACAACCACGACGGCUACAGAGAUUUCUGAUCUUCCGGAGUUUGAAGGAAACAUGCUGUCCCUAAAAACCAUUCGUCGAAACAUCGCCGGGGCAAAAGCAAGCGCUGCACUUUCAUGGAAAGGUGGCGUCGAACGCGGUGGCAACUGGCUUUUGGUCGACGUGUCUUCGGCGUCGUCUGGUCUUGCCUCUGCACUGGCCGAAGAGGAAGCAUUCGAGAUUACUGGUUGCUUAAGUUCUGGUAAUGCUUGCAGUGGGUUUCUCAAGAUCACUCCGUUUGCCUUAGACGUGGAGCAGAAUCCAUCUUUUGCGGCCAAUGUCGUGCCAUCAGUGUGGAAGGCCAACGGCUUUGACUAUGCUGGUGACUUCCCGGGAGCUAUAGCGCCACUGCAAGUUACUCAAAUUCGACAGGCAUUUCCAAACUUGACGGGAGAGGGUCUCAAGAUUUGUGUCAUGUCGGAUUCUUUCAACAUGCUUGGAGGCUACAAGAACGAUACUGAGUCCAUGGAUCUCCCAAAGGGGAUCAAAGUCCUCAAAGAAGCACCAACAUUGGAUGACGAAGAAUUUGAUGGUUGGUAUUACACCGACGAGGGCAGAGCAAUGAUGCAACUAAUUCACGAUAUCGCCCCGGGAGCGGACCUCGUGUUCCGAACUGCUGCCGCAGGACUCUAUGAUUUUGCGAAUGGUAUCGAAGAACUUGUUGCAUACGGGUGCGAUAUAAUUGUUGAUGACGUAGGUGAGCUAAAAGACACAUUUCACUGGCUGCAGUGUCGAUAUGAAAACAACCAAUGAAAUUCCUAAUUCAGUCCUUCUUUCUCGAUGAAUCACGUUUGAAGGUUACCCAUCUGAAACAAUUUAUCAGCAUGAUGCAAUUGCACAAGCUGCGAUUCGUGCAGCAAGAGAUCACGGUGUGGCUUACUUCACCGGCGCAGGCAACUAUCAGGGUCUCGGUUGGAGUAGCGAAUUUAGACCCACUGAGAUCACUCUGCCGGGACAGAAUGAUAUUUUCAUUGUACACGAUUUCGGUGACGGAAAUUACAAGCAGAGAAUAGUAAUCUCUGAUGAACUUUCUCCAGUUGUUUUUUACUGGGACGCUCCUAGUGGAAACUUCACUGAUGAUGCUCAACCAACUCCCACGGUUCUUCUUUUGGCUUGGGACGUUGAAGGAAAUUUGUUAGGUUACGUUUCUCCAAACGUUGACGGUACAGCAAUGAUACAAUUUGGUUUUUCGAAAGGAACGUACGACAUCGCUUUCUUGGUUGGGUUUGUGGGUGGGGUCAGUCCCACACCAAAUCUUCUAAAGUGGAUCGCUCCUCUUGGAGGACUGCAGGCUAUCGAUCCACCAAAUAAUGACUCAGCCUUUAAUCCUCAUGGAAAUUCGCCGCACGUUGCCGCCGUUGGCGCUGCGUCUGAACGCCAGCGAAUGUUUAGGAUGGAGGUCGAGCCAUUCAGUAGCUCAGGCGGUGAUCCAAUUGUGUUUGAUGAAAACGGCGUUCGGCUUGAGCAGCCAUUUGUUCCAAAACAGCCUCGAUUCGUGGGUCCCGAUGUGAGUUUUUCCAAUCAUAUCGACCACAUUCUGCUUGUUGCUAUAUUCUGUUCGUUGUCGCUAACAUAAUCUUUUGCGUGUGUUGUUGUGGUGGCGAUUCGAAUAUACCUUGAAUUUCAUGAAAAAAGGGGUACGUAUCGUCCAAAUUGUGCUACCAAACGAGUCGAUGACAGCGGAUUGCGUUUCUGUAUCGGCCGUAUUCAUCGGUAUUUCCUUUGAACCGUACUCAUCGUGCCUCUUCUUCUGUUCCCAGCUCUGAAAAUUCCUUUCUUGGUCUUCAAGAUACCGGCAUGGUUCCUGAAACUGAAGGAUUCUUGUUUUAUGGGACUUCAGCUGCCGCUCCCAAUGUUGCCGCAGUGGCCUUGCUCCUUCUCCAAGCAAAUCCCGAGUUGAAUCCAUCUCAGUUGUACAAAGUUUUGGAAAAAACAGCCAUCGAUAUGAACGAGCCUGGGUUCGACCACACUACCGGUUAUGGAUUCGUCAAUGCGAUGAGAGCCGUUGUCAUGGCCGAAAAGUUGAAAUUGAAAAAGAUUACGAACAAGGAGAAGCGCAAAAAAAAGUUGAAGAAUCUGAGAAAGAAAAACACACACAAAGUCUGCUACGAUUACACCGACGUGGAAAUGUGAAACUAGCCGUCCCCGGGAUCGAUUUCCUGUCCGAUCUCCAGGUCGGCGCGUGGGCAAUGAAUAAGAUGUUCGAAGAAAAAACUCUCGAUUACAGAGGAGAAAUCGCCAACAAAACUUCUUCCGAACACCAAAUGCUUUCGUUGCCAACGCUGUUCUCGUUCAAACUAUUCAAAAUUACUAGGACUACUAACUGGCUAGAGAUAUUGUUGUCAACACGAAUCGAGCGAGCUGUUUUUUUGCGUCUGGCCAGUGGCCCGUCGUGGCCUGUGUUCGUGGUGCGAUGCUUCGUUCGUGGCACUGCGUUCUCGGAACGCCGGGAGCAAAUCAUGCCUCGAGACGGCCAGUGCCACCGCCGGGGUCGGAACGAGGGCAACCCCGACUCCGUGCCGCGUGCCCCCGGGGCAACACCGCAGGUCUCGGACAAUUCCGGUGGGGGCUUCGUCUCGGGCUGCACGGGUGGUUUGGUACGGUCUGGUUCCAGAGGCUUUUCCCUCCCUCCCUCCCUCAACCUGCGGCGGUCCGAGGUUCCCGUGGGUUCAGUCGUCCGCGGUUGGAUCGGAGCCGAGCCGAGACCGGCCCGGUCGGCACCCGCUUCGAUCGGAAUCGUGCGUUGGAUUGGGUUGCGUUGCGUUGCUUUGCAGUGGACGAGCGCACGGAUCUGUCUUCUCGUGCCCUGCAGUCCUCCCUCACACCUCCACCCGCAUCGUCUUGGAACCGCGGGGCUUGCGGCAGCCGUCGUCACCGUCGUCGUCACCGUCGCUCUCGUCGUCCCAUAGUUCGAUGACCUCAUUGCCGUUCCGGGUCCGCUUUACGGAACGCACGAGUUUCUCCAAUUGCUCUUUCUCGGCGGGAGUGGUUUGUGCCGGCUCCAUGGUCCGCCAAAGAUCCCACAGCGGAGGUUUUGGCAGUAUCCCGACCGCUAUCAGACCGGGUGUGGCACAGUAAAAGAGCCGAAUCGAGUACAAAUAGGCCCCUUUGACACAUUCGAGGGAAAGCCUUGCCUCUCGCUUUCUUUCACAACGCCCUUCUCUCGAGCGUAUGUUCUUCUUCAUUGUCACCCCGGCGUUUUCGUUGGAUCGAAUCGACGAUGCUUCAAAGGGCGCAUCGGACUGACAGUCAGAAGGCAUGUGAUAUCCGGACGGAGUUCCUUCGUACACUUUUAUUGUGACCUCUCCCAUGCCAGCCAUCGUAGAACCAAUCUGAGAGUCUCCACUCACAAAGGACGCCUUGACAAACUGCAAUGCCUUAUUCGUAUCAAUGCCCUUGGAAUGAUAAUAGAUACCAAAUAAUGAC